CUUUAGAAGAGGCUUCUCAUCGAGCGGUUUGGACGCAUCUUAGUGUCUGCUGAGUAUUUCCGAAGAUAAUCCAAGAACAUCAGAGUAUCGACAUGAAGUACGUGCUGUUGUUCGGAGCCCUGGCUGCCCUGUACUUGACAGUGGAGUCUAAAACAAGUCCACCCAAGGUUCAGGUGUACAGCAGAGGCCCAGGAGAGUACGGCAAGGAGAAUAUCCUGAUCUGCCGUGUGACUGGAUUCCACCCACCCAACAUCAAGAUCCAGCUGAUGAAGAAUGAUGAGGAACUCCCAAAUUCAGUGCAGACCGACCUGGCCUUCGAAUCUGACUGGCACUUCCAUCUGACCAAGCAUGCGCCCUUCACACCUCAAAGUGGAGAGAAAUAUGUCUGCAGGGUCACCCAUGGCAAUGCAGCGCCUAAAGAUUAUUCCUGGGAGCCAAACAUGUAAAUAUCAUCACCCUGGAUGCAUGGUUUCCUCCAUUUUUCACACCUCCAAUCCGCAUCAUUAUGGUCUUACCGGCUUUUUCACUUUUUAGUUCAACUCCUGCAAACAACUUUCAAGAAUGGACAUUUCCAUCAGUAAUAUUAAAGAUAUGAUAUGUAACAUUAAGAAAUGUUCAUGAACAAAUCAAGAAUGAGCACUUUGCAGGCUGCCAGCAUUGAUGAUGAGAGCCUGCACUCUGAUUCCUAUAGUGAAUCCUUGGGCUGUUUUUUUUUUUUCCACAGAAAUCAACGACACUUAUGCGAGCCUGUAUGUGCCUGUAUGUACCUGUGUGGAACGCUAGCUACCAUUAGCUCAGAAUUGGUGUCUACUAUCAGCAAAUCAGCAGCCUAGCACAUGCAAGUGUUAGGUAUUGUACCUUUAAAAUGGAGGGAUCUGGGUUGUGGAUGGUUUGUAAUGUAUAUGAUUAAAUGUGUUGAUCCUGUCGUCUUUGUUUUUCUUUUCCUUUCUUUCUUUGUCAUAUUUUGCCUUUUUUUCUACAUGGAGGCAAUUGGAUACUACUGUCUCAUUGGCAAUUACUUUGUGUAAGAAUGGGUUUGUAAUAAGGUGUGUACAUCUUCAAUUAAUAAAUAAAUAAAUACCUGUUAAAAACUG